AUGGGUCGAAUGCACAAUCCUGGCAAAGGUAUAUCUCAGUCAGCGUUGCCCUAUCGUCGAUCGGUACCAACUUGGCUCAAGCUUACAAGUGAGGAAGUUCAGGAGCAAAUCACUCGUCUUGCCAAAAAGGGUUUGCGUCCCUCACAGAUUGGUGUAAUACUACGUGAUUCACAUGGUGUUGCCCAGGUUCGACGUGUUACCGGUAACAAGAUUGUACGUAUAUUGAAAGCUAAAGGUAUGGCACCUGAGAUCCCAGAAGAUUUGUACCAUUUAAUUAAAAAAGCAGUUAACAUUCGCAAGCACUUAGAGCGAAAUCGUAAGACUGAUUCUCGUCGAAUCACGUAUCCAUCGUUUGGCUCGAUAUUACAAAACGAAGCGCCAAUUGCCAGCCACGUGGAAUUAAUAUGGAAUUUAACAGAAAAAGAACUUGGAGUGGGCGAGCCAGUUUUUGAAUGGCGUCCAAAAGGGAAUUAUCUUGCAAUUUCUGGUUCGAAUAAUUCAGUGAAACUAUAUGAUCGAAGUGGUAACUUAAUCGAUGAAUUAAUCACACCCGGGCAAGUGGAAGCAUUGUCAUGGGAUCGAGAUGGUGAUAUAUUAGCUAUAAUGAAUAAUAAAGGUACAGCAGUAAUAUUAUGGGAAUUUGCAUCAAAGACAAUCAGCAAAUUGGAUAGUGGUAUGAGCGGAAAGGACAAACCAACGUUCGUACUAUGGUCUCAAAUUUCGCCAGUUUUGGCUAUUGGUUAUGAUACCGGAAAUUUGUUAUUUUAUAACCAGCGUACUUCACGCAAGACUUCAGCAAUCGGGAAGCACCAAAAUACCAUAACAUGUGGAGCAUUUUCAAAUAAUGAUUGGCUUGCCCUUGGUUCAUCUGAUUCAAUGAUCACUGUUAGCAGCAUUGAUGGUGGUUUGAUAUAUUCGUUCAUUUGUGACAUGGAACCAUCGUUGAUUAAAUUCUGUGAUCGGAAGCAACCGAAUGAUAAAAAUGCCAAAUCUGACGUUAUGGUAAGUGCUGUUGUGGGUCUAAAUACUAUAGUAUUAGCAGAAUUAAAUGGUGACACACAGCCUAUCAAUCUUCAAUGUCAAGCUCGUUACGGUGAAAUCGUAACAUAUUGCUGGUAUCGGAAUAAUUUUUUAUUAUUGGGUUUCAAUAAAGGCUUUCUUGUUUGCAUUUCAACGAUCGCCUCGGAGAUUGGUCAGGAAAUAUAUACAGUACAAGAUUUCAAGACAUAUUUGUCGUCUAUAUGUAUUAGUGAAGCAUCGUCUAAAAUUCUGCUAACUGGUGACAGUCAGAUACGAGUACGUGAACUGAAUCAGCUUGAUGAAAUUGUUGAAAUUAUCGAAGUGGGCACUAAGAACAAUGACUUAUGUAAUAUUGCAACAAAUGACGAUGGACAAUUGGUUGCUGUCAGUACUCAAUCUGGUACAUUGCACUUGUUUCUAACAAAAAUGCCCAUACUAGGAGCCGCUUACCGAAACACUAUUGCUAUUUUGUCAUCAUUAAAUGAGAUAACUCUCUUCAACGAAGGAGAAAAGAAUCCAUCAGCAACAGUGAAAAUCGAACUUGAACCAACAGGAUUAGCACUGGGUCCAAAACAUAUCGCCAUUUCAAUGAAUAAUCGUGCAUGGCUAUAUGAAAUUGUUGAAACAAAAGGAGUCCGGCAUGUCUAUGAAAUUGAAUAUUUGUCAACAGUUAAUGCCAUACAUUUAAAUGAGAAAUAUGCUGUUGCUAAACUGGAUAAUCGGGCUCAAUUACGAAAGCUACAUGAUGAAGAUGGAAAAUACAGCACCGAGAGCAAUGGCUUUGUCAUUCCGGAUCCAGAACAUGCUAGUUAUGGGCUUCAGGAUAUUACACUUACCGAUAAUUUCCUUAUCUAUUGCACGAAUGAUGGGUAUCUCUAUUACUAUUCAUUGAUAGAUGAAACAUAUGUGAACGAAUACAAACAUUCGGCAAGAAUAACGUCAUUAUAUCCGGAACCAGGAGGAGUUACACUUUGUUUUUUCGAUGAACGCUUAAAUGCUUAUGUCUAUAAUCCCGUUGAUGAUGAAACCAUCAAGAUUCCAUCAAUCGAUUCCACUGCACAUCUAAAGAAUUGUUUAUGGGAGAAUUUCUCCAUGGAUUGUGAUACAUUUGUUAUAUGUGACUCUGACACUGUUCACGUUUUCCUUCUAUCAAAGAAUCAAAUAGAAAAUGUUAGAUUGGUAAAAAUUGGGUCCACAAAAAUACCAUACGGAUAUAUUCCAUUGAUGCUUUCUAAUGGAAUUGUGCAUUGUCAAACACAAAAUGGACGUAUUGGUAGCGUACUCUUAGAGAGUCAUCGUACUGAUAUAGUACUUGAUGGGAAAUCCUUAAAUGCUAUGGAAAACUUACUGGAUCAAGCUCUUAGCCUUAAAAGAUGGUUAUAUGCAUGGCGUAUAUGUAAAUAUACAAAAAUUCAUGAACACUGGAAUAAAUUUGCAAUUGCAGUCACAAAAAAUGGCGAAUUGGAUUUGGCAAUUCGAAUUUUCAAGCAGAUCGAUGCAGUGGGUAUUGUUUGGAGUUUGGAAGAAAUACAAUAUAUUGAGGAAAAGACAUUAUUGAAUGGAUAUUUAGCGCUAAUAUUGGGAAACUUUGAUAUAGCAGAAGAAUUUUUUUUACAAUCGAGUAAGCCAAGAGAAGCUUUGGAUAUGCGUCAGGACUUGUUGCAGUGGGAUAAAGCGCUGAGUUUGGCAACGCGUUUGGCUAAGGAAGAAGUACCAAUGAUUUCAAAAGAAUAUGCACAACAAUUAGAAUUUAUGGGAAAUUACAGUCAAGCACUGAUGCAAUACGAAAAUGGUUUGAUUGAAAAUCCGGACGAAAAUAAUGAACAGAUUCUGGAACAUAACGAAAUUUGCAACUCCGGAAUUGCUCGGAUGUGUAUUCGUACCGGAGAUAUUCGAAAAGGAAUUGAAAUUGCUGCAAGUAUUAAAGGACGAGCUAUCAAACGUGAUUGCGCGAUAAUUUUAGAACAACUAAAGCAGUACACUGAUGCAACAUAUUUAUAUGAACUUGGGCAUUUUUAUGAUCGAGCUGCUGCAGUUUCGUUGAAAGCAAAGAAUUGGACUAAGGUGGAAAAUCUUUUACCCAAGGUUCAUUCGCCAAAAAUUCACAUAGCUUAUGGCAAAGUGAUGGAAGGAGAGAGGAAGUACAAGCAGGCUGCAAUAGCUUACAAAUACGCACGAGAUUAUGAUAAUUUAGUAAGGCUACUAUUAGAACAUUUAAAUAAGCCUGAAGAAGCAGUGUGCGUUGUGCGGGAAAGCAAAAGCAUUGAAGGAGCAAAACUUGUAGCAAAAUUUUUCACUAAACUUGGAGAUCAAGAUUCGGCAAUUCAGUUUUUGGCGCUUUCCCACUGCCACCAGGAAGCAUUUCAUCUCGCAGAAGCGGAACAAAAGAUGGAUGUUUUUGCUGAUGCUGUUGAAGAUGACGGAACGUUGGAUAUAUUUUUGCAACUGGCUGAUUAUUAUGCAAAAAAUAUAAAUUCGCAGAAGGCUGGAUUUUUUUACUACAAAGCUGGGCAAUAUACAAAGGCAGUGAAUUAUUUGCUUACAAACGGUGAAGAUACACAGGCGAUGAAUACGGCAAUAGCAUGUGUAGUAGAAGCACGAGAUCCUAAUCUAAGCUCCCGUAUGAUUAACUAUUUACUUGGUGGAGCUGAUGGCAUUCCUAAGAAUCCAAAAUUCCUCUUUAAAUACUAUAUUUCAAUGAAAAUGUAUCGCGAAGCGGCAAAAACGGCGGUUGUGAUAGCUGCCGAAGAGCAGGCAAAUGGUUCAUAUCGAAUUGCACAUAAGUUAUUGUUUAGCAUGUAUCAAGAAUUACAAAAUGAAGGGAUCAAAGUGCCAUUUGAGGUGCAAAAUAACCUUAUGUUAUUGCAUAGUUACCUCAUAAUCAAGAGUUUGGUAAAACGUGGUGAACACAUGAAAGCUGCACGUAUGUUAAUAAGAGUAUCCAAUAAUAUCAGCCAUUUUCUAGCACAUGUUGUACCUAUCCUUACAACUACUGUUAUUGAAUGUACUAAAGCAGGCCUCAAAGAAUCGGCAUUCAAGUUUGCUGUAGUACUUUUGAAGGAUUGCAAUCGGAAAAGUAUUGAUGAGAAAUACCGUAAGAAAAUUGAAGCUAUUGUAAGGAAAUCAGAUAGAUUACCAGAUCCAGAAGAACCUAAGACAUGUUGUCCAUAUUGUGAUAAUCCAACAGAAGAAUCAGUGCUUGUUUGCGCAUCAUGCAAAAAUUUGAUCCCCUAUUGCAUUGUUACGGGCUUACAUUUGGUUACGAACGACUUUACAGUGUGCCCAUCAUGUGGCUUUCCUGGUUUUUAUUCCGAAUUAAAAAGGCUUCAGGACGAAAAAGAAGAUUGUCCAAUGUGUGGUGACGAACUUGGCGAUUUGAAACUAAUGGAUGAUGUGAAGCAAUUUUUAAUGAAUAACAAAAAAAUUGAAAAUAAUAAAAAUUAG